AUGAUGGCGUUCCAGCAACAAUCCCAAGUUCCUCCUCUCUCCUGCAACCAGGCUCCAAAGGGGCUUGACUGCUGUUGCUGCAAACGCUGUGGAGUGGGAGGAUGCGACUUGAAAACGCUCGAUUGCGGCUGCUGCUUCCACACGAGAUGCCUUGCCAUAUCGGAUCGCCAUCCCCAAACCGCUUGUCCCGUGUGCAAGGCUCCGUUUCGGUCUAUCUGGUUGAUGCCAAUGUCAUUUUAUGAGAUCGACGAAGCCAAAGCCGCUGCAGCAAAACUAGCUCCCAGUGAGAAGCGCGGCAAGAAGCGUAAGAAUGCAACCAUUGCCCGCCUCAACCCAACGUCUGCUUUGGCUUCGGGGGCGUCUGCCAAUGGAGGAUCUGUGGAAGACAAGGGCAGCGGAGAGAGCUCUGAUCUUAGAACAGGACGUUGGACGACCGAGGAGACGGCGUACUGCGACAAACUCAUUGCGAAAUUUGAGUCAGGAGAGCUUCCCAUUGUAGACGGGAUAAAAUUGAAUGACUUUCUUGCCGGGAUGCUUAAAUCCAAACAGUCGCGUCUCACCAAGAAGAUGAAGAAUGCCAAGCUGUCAUCUCGAUGCUACAAGCGCACGGUCGGAUUCAUUGCAGACGACAAAGAUGCCCGAUUAUUCUCAGAGGCUGAAAGUGGCUUCUUUGACUCGAUUCCAUGUUCUUUGGAAAAGUCAGAAAUCAAGUUUCACAUGCAGAAAGAGUGGAGAGAGCUCUAUUCUAGUUACUGUGUGGCUAUUGGACAAAAGUUGGAUGCGGAUUCGUGGCUAUCCAGCGUCGAAGAAAUGGAUCGUAGAGCAUCAGAGGCAAAGGAUGCAGCGAGAAUGGCAAGGCGAAAAGUCAUGAUGGGAUACGCCCUGUCGCAAGAUUCUAACAAUCUAGACAGAGGCGUCUUUAUCGAACACAGCGCAGUCACAGACACCACAAACAGCAAUUGCUGUUCUACCAGUCCUCUGGGCAAUUCACUCGUUGGUGCUGGUUGUGGGGGAAGCGACCCAUGCUCUAUCAAGAGCAAAAAGAAGCACGCGGCUGCUAGGGGGGGGAGAGCAUUCUCUUCGUCGCCUUUUGUUAGUAAAGUUGCCGAGUUUCUGGAGCGGUACAGCAUACCCUUUGAGCACGUCGAUGCAUGGGUACCGUCGUUCGUGCCACAGCAACCUGGAGCAGUAGAUACAGGCGCAAGUACCGGCGAGCAAAAGUGUCGACUGUGCUUUGCCGGUUCAGCCACCACAGACAAAAUCAUGCCACCGGAAGGCGGAUCAGCGGUCCCACUUUCUCCGGAAGAACAUUUCGACUUGGUUUCGUUCGGGGAAUACUCUCAAAAGUUUUCUUUUGAUCUGGGGUGCGGGCUGCCAGGUAGAGUGUACAGUUCAGGAGUGGCUUCAUGGGAACAAGGGAUUCAAAAGGCCCCCAGUACACUUUUUGAGAGGUGUGGUGGUGCCUCGCAAUGGAAAAUACAAACAGUGCUGGGGAUUCCGGUUCCCUCCCCCAAUGUAGGCCGCGUUGUCGUUCUCCUGUAUAGCCAACACGACAGAAAUCGAGAUCAGGAUACGGUGAACCGCAUAUCUUCUGCACUCUCCAAGUUGAUGCCCACGCCAAAAUGGAAACUUGUCGUGGACGUUGGUGUUCCUACGCCGGCAUCAGCAGCUGCCACUCUGGCACCAACAGCAGCAGGGCAAGCUGGCAACCGGGCCGGGGAGCUGCUGCUUUUGAUUCGUACUUACACACCGGCCAACAAAAACUCGCCAAUGGCCAGCUUCCUGCCCGGGUUUACUUCGCUUCGUCUUUUGCUUGAGAAGCAUGUUCGGACACAGCGCGAAGAGGAGUUCGCACAAACUCUCCUGGAGAGCUUUUCGUCAUACAGCAGGUCCGGCAAGGCCCCCUCAGACAUUGCCUGGAUGGUGGCAAGAGACUACAUGGUGCUUUCUCAGCAACAAGGUCAGCAUCAACCGCAGGUACAACACCAUCAUCAGCCGCCACAACAGCACCAGCAGGCACAACCACCACCACAACAGCACCAGCAUCUACAACAACCACCACAACAACCACCACAACAGCACCAGCAUCUACAUCAUCAACCACCACAACAGUCACAGCAAGAGGCUCAACGUCGCCUGUCGCUCCAACAGUUUGCGGCCUCUGUACCCACGGUUGAGAACAACAGUCACCCCAUGAGCAGCUUAUUGAUGGCCGCAAAUGUGACUCAACAGCCAAACCCAAACCAACUUCAGCAGCAACAGAUCGGGCUGCAAGGCCUCGCGAAUCUUACAUCCCCUCCUCAGCACCAAAUGUUGCAGUUGUCGUAUCACCAGCACCAAGCAUUUGACGUCCAACAGAUUCAACAGCAGCACCAGCUGCCUGGUCAGCCCAGUGCCUAAACUAAGCCUUUGGCAUCCUGCUGGUAUGAGUUGGGGCCCACUAGAGUAAUCCUGUUUGAAAGUCACACAUGAACUUAAAAAGAUUUUGUUUAGAGUCUGCAUUUAACUUCUUACGCCUAGCGAGACUUCAAAUUAGUGAUAUAUUGAUGCAAAAAACC